AAACUCUUCUCACCUAGACGUCUGUAUUUAUCUUGCCCCUCGCGCCUUCGGCGCUGCAUGCUUCGUAGAAAUGGCGAUUCCCAAACGGCCGCUCCCUUCCUUCACCCUCGCGUUGAGCCCCCCUAGCUCUGAAACUAACACUCAUGAGACGCUGAUGUCUGCUGUUGCUCCAACCAUUACCUGCAUAGCCGGACCUCCCCGAGAUUUCAUGAAAACCAUGGACCUGCGAUCACAAUCUAGUUUCGAAUAUCAGUAUAUGGAAGAACUCUCAGACGACGAGAAGUUCGAGACCCAGACGGUCUUUGGGAGUGAGAGGGAAGGGUAUUGUGUCAUUUUUCUGAUCUUUCUGCGUAGCCUAUCGGACAUCUGGCGCAUGAUAGUUGAGUUUGGAUCGCGUAGGCCUGUGGAUCUCUUUGAUUGA